AUGGCCUCUUUGUCAUCGGGGCGUGACGUUUGUCGGUCACGUGCCGGGAGUAGUCGAUGCGAUUUUGUGGGCGUCGAGCCGAGAACUGGCUCUCGCCGCUCUUCACACAUUCUUAACAGUCCCGUUCAGCACCUCAUCGAUGCAUGGCAGGAAAGGCCAUGCCCAACAAUGAACAUCGAGAAGCUUCCACCGCACAUACUCGCGCCUGGCUCAAGUUCGCUUGUCCCGUACAUUGAAAUCGGAGGAUCUGGUGACAAACAACUCGUCUCAAUCAUUUUACCCUGGAUGCACGUGGCGAUUCGAAUUGGAAACGAGGUCACAUUGGAGCAAAUGAAAGCCGCUAUUUUUACGAAUAUCAAAAGAAUGGCCCAUCCACAGUACUCGAUCUCAGCCGAAGACUAUGUUUUUCGUGUGGUGACAAUCACUGGGAGCUCCGAUUUGCCGGAGCUAACCGAUCUCUUCUUCGAGGAGCAAAUGCUUUGCAAAGUCGAGAUGACUCCCUCUUAUCCGGUGUUUUUCCUCUACGAACCGGAAGGGUUCCGAAAUGAGAAAGAUAUUGCGAAAGCGAUUGGAAACGCCCUUGGCUACCCAUUAACCCAAUUGGAGUCCCAGUUGGGCGAAGAAUUGAGGGAUUGCCGGAUACGGCUCUUCAACGAAGUCGAGUUGGCCGUCGGUGCGAGGGGACAGGGUGGUGUCGAGCACUACGCUUUUCCUGAAGAUGAUCUAACAACUGAAGACACCGAGUGCCCGAAUAGUCUACUCACUAAAAUCUCUUCUCACAGUUUGGCCUAUCACGUCUACUAUCGCUCGUUGGAGGCCGAGAAAAACAACGAUAACACAAAGGCCAAACAAAUCGUCAUCGAUUUCAAGGACGGUUUACGGCCGAAGACGCUCAUUGAGACGGUUUUGGGGAAAUUGCGUGAGGUCACCGAACCAUCCGACACAUUUCUCCUGCAAGUUGCCGGUCAGAAGUGCUAUUUGUCACAAGAUGAUCAACUGCUCAUCAAUUAUGGGAGUGUUCGCUCAGCACUGGAAGACUAUCGCUCUCCGCAAUUCGUCCUCCGUCGCAAAGAGAUCGUUUUCCUCGACUAUCCACCCGUCCAAAAAUUGCACAAGCCUUCUUACGUGCGAGCCGGGGUGGCUGCUGCUGCAGCGAACGAGGAUACUGCAGUCGUCUCCCUGUGGGAUUUGGACGCAAAUUUGACGCUCCGACCAAUUUCUUGCUCGAACAUGGGCAGCACCGAUAUUGAGGCGUUGAUCUGUGUUCAUUUCGGAGUAUUUGCCGGCCGAACCCUCCUGUACAAGCAGAAGAGCAGCGGUGUGCCCAUACACAAUCCUCGAUGGCAAGGGGAUUUCAUGGAGUUCGACAUUUACAUGAAAGACCUUCCCCCGUCAGCGAUCCUCUCGAUUUCAUUGGUCGAAGAGAAACCGAGUCGAAAAAAGCCGGGAACGAUUGAGGAGCGCGCGCUGAGCUGGGUGAACGUGCCGCUGUUCGAUUGGCGGAACGAGUUGUUACAAGGUCUACAUACGUUUUCCCUCCGAACCGAUCCGGUGAAAGGGCCUGAUUUCUUCAAUCCUGAGGGGAAAUUGGGGAACUCUGAUGCGAAAGGUGCUUCUCGUUUAAUGAUCGAGAUGGCGCAUUGGCAAAGGAGAGUCCGUUUGCCCGCCUAUGAGUCCUAUGCGGCUUUCGUCGAUGCACAGAUCAAAUGGGGGAAAAUCAUGCUGCCACCGGAUGUGCAGAAUCCGGAAAGAGUACGGCACGAGAUCGAGCAAAUCCUCCGGAAACACCUCACCGGUGAUGGCACGUCCAAAGAGGAAGAGGAUUUCAUUUGGAAAUAUCGCCAUUUCCUGGCCACCGAAGUGCCGGACGCUCUUUUGAUUCUUUGUGAGUGCGACGAAAUGUGGAAGACAAGGGAUCACUAUGGAGAGGUGUUCGCUCUUCUCGGAGAAUGGUCCCAGAUGUCCCACGGGGCAUCGCUUUUGUUGCUAGGUAAAAAAUACCUCGAUUCAACGAUUCGCCGUUUUGCCGUUGAGCAUUUGGAUGCAGCGUUGAAUGAUCAGACUUUCCAUCUCUUCAUUCUUCCGCUUGUACAGGCAUUGAAAUGCGGGACAUACGCUUGCUCGGCCCUUGCUUUGUUACUCGUUCGGAAAGCUUUAUCCGAUUAUCGAAUCGGGCACAAAUUGUUUUGGAUUCUCCGCGCCGAACUCGCCGAUCUCAAGCAUGAAAUGGAUCUCACGAAGGGUGACGGGCGUUUCUCGGAGGAAUUCAAAUUACUUUCAUUGAUACUAGAGGCUUAUUUGAGAGGAAAUGAGGAUCACAUUCGCAUGAUCACAAGACAAGUGGUAAUGGUUGAGCGCCUCACCCAGCUAAGUGUUGUGCUCAAAUCGUAUGCAAAAGAUGUGGCGACAAAGAAACUUCGUGAAGAGUUACGGAGGAAUCUCAGCCAUUUCGAGCACCUCGACUCACCGCUCGAUCCCCGGGAUCAACUUGGGCAAUUGGACAUCAAUCGCUGCAAGGUGCUCGGUUCGGCGAAAAUGCCGCUUCGGCUUUGCUGGAAGAAUUCGAGCCCAAUGGCCGGGGGUUUCCAAGAAAAUUACGAGAUCAUAUUCAAGAAUGGAGAUGAUCUACGCCAAGACAUGUUAGUGCUACAAGUGCUCGAAAUAAUGGAUGCAAUUUGGAAAAGAAGUGAUUUGGAUUGUUGCCUGUCGCCGUAUCCCGUACUGCCGAUGGGCACGAAGAUCGGAAUGAUCGGUGUCGUGCAGGACUGUGUCACGUUUUUCGAGAUUCAAUCCGAAGGCGGAAAGGUGGGAACGGCAGUGAAGAGUUUAGAGACGACUUUCAUCAACAAGUACAUCAGAAAUCAUGCAACAGCGACAAAGGAUUACCUGAUGCGCGUGGAUCGUUUCCUCACGUCGUGUGUCGGAUACUCGGUUGCAACCUACAUUAUGGGCAUAAAAGAUCGUCACAACGAUAAUAUCAUGAUGACACACAGCGGGAAACUUUUCCACAUCGAUUUCGGACACAUUUUGGGACAUGGCAAGACAAAGCUGGGCAUUCAGAGGGAUCGUGUGCCUUUUGUUCUCACCGAGCAUUUCCUUUGUGUGAUUGCUAAAGGGAAAAACGUUCAAAAGGAGAGCCACGAUGUGGAUAAAUUCCGUCAACUCUGUGUCGAAGCGUAUCUCUAUUUGUGGGAUUUUCGGAACCUCUUCGUUUCCUUGUUCACAGUGAUGCAAGGAAUGCAAUUGCCCGAAUUGAGUACACAAGCUGAUCUCGAGUAUUUGAAGCGAGCUUUAUGCGUUGGGGGACACGAUCGUCGCGAUGCGGAGAAGCAUUUCUUGGAGGUUUUCGACGAGGCUUUCAAUGGGUCAUGGAGCACGAAAACGAACUGGUUUUUCCAUACAGUCAAGCAUUUG